AUUAUAUUUAUUAUAAUUUGAUAGUGAUUAUAAUCCUGAUAACGAUUGGUGAAUUCGUGGAUCAGACCUGAUCUAUCUCACUUGAUUUUCGCUCGACAGCGCGAAGCUGCUUCAUCUAGAAUAAUGUUAUGAUUCCAUUAUACGUGGCAAGGCGCAUCUACCUUUAUUGUCGUGGUAAAGAACUCGAUAAUCUUUCGUAAUAGAAAUCGCGGGAGUGCAUUAACUUCAUAUACAUAUGAAUAUCAUCAUCGAUCCACUGUUCUACGCUGCUGCGAGCUAUCGAUCCAAGUACAAAUAAAUUUCCAGUUACGUAACAAGUAAUGUAAGUGUAUGUAAGAAUAUUUUUGUCCGGCGACUGCAUGUGCUCCGAAAAUGUUUGUUCCGAAGCGAGUAAACACUUUCGAUCAGCGAUGGGAAUAAUUCGUUGCCUCGUCUCCUCGAAUGAAGGGAUGAAGCGUGUGAGAAACUUUCGACGGUGCAUUCGUCUUUCGGAAAUACCAGCGUGUGUCGCGGACACACGCUGUUUAUGGGAAAUCCUGUGGCUCGUGGCGGCGAGAACCGAGAGCGCAGGCGUCCGGAGUCCUGUGGCGGCAAGCGCGGACUCGGAUUUUCUCUAGUGUCGCGUCAACUGCCGCUGGAGAGUCGUGCGCAUCGCACCCUCGGCCUUGGCUGUGCCAAGCUUGCAGCCCCCUUUCUUGCUUUCGUGGCUUCGUCACGUUUCGUCGUCGUCCGACAUUAAGUCCGGAAUUAAAAAAGUACUUCCGGUCAAUCGCGCGAGACUUAAAUGCUCCUCCCGUUGACGUCGUUUGUAAUUCACAAGUGCAACGGGGUUCUUUUCUCGAAAGAAAAAAAAGAAAUCUUUUCGCACCGAUAUGAGAUACACGUACGCGUCGCGAUAUUCGUAAUCAACUCGGCAUCGUAAACGAUUAACGAUGGUGAAGGCUUCUUGAUCGGAAUUCCCCCGAUCGAAACCUGGGAUAAUCGAUUUCCGGGAAAGAGUGCACAAACGUAACGCGCGCGUUUCGUAGGAGCGUAAUCGUUCAAUGUGACUGGCGGGCGAAUUCGAUCGAAAUAGCGUUCAUCCCGAGUUCCAUUUCCGGUCGUCCGCACGGAAGCGUGACGUAUUCGCAAAGAGGAACAGUGCAUCCAUCGAUCAUGAAUCGGCGCGACGUGCGAGCGCACGCUGAUUCGGCCGACAACAAGUCGUCCGCACGUCAAGGAAUGUUUGCGUCGGACGCCAAAGCAUGAGGGACGCCAAAGCAUUGACGUAAUGAUGCAGAGAGCGGUGCUACUGCUCUGUUGGCUGCCGCUUCUCAACCACUGCCACGCCGUAAAUCCAGGUUGUUCCUGCGUUGUAUAUAGCAGCUCGGACAGGCCUCAAGGUGGCAUUUUUACAUCCCCCAAUUUCCCCAAACGAUAUCCGCCAAACAUUGAUUGCCUUCUUUACACAUUCAUCGGUCACCCGGAUGAGAUCAUCGCUUUAACAUUUCAUCAGUUUAAUAUUCGUCGUAUUUGGCCUGACUGUUCCAGAGGAGAUUACUUGAAGCUAUUUUUACAUCUGGAAGGCAAAGGUGUUUCCGAGUACACUCCUUGGUCUGGCGUACUUUGCGGAGAGCUGCGUGACAUCCCGCAAGUUCUCUACAGCUCAAGAUCGAGGCUUAUUCUGGAGUUUCAUACUGGAAGUUCACCAUCUAAUGCAACCGGCUUUUCCGGCAUUUUUCGUUUCAUCGAUAGACGUUUAUUCGAGACGAACGGCCUACUGGUUCCCGGCACGAUGUGCGAUCACGAGUUCGUCAGUUCGCAAUCGACGCCCCAUUACGGACGCUUCUACUCACCGCGCUACCCGUCCUCUUACCCGAAGAACAUCCGGUGCUCCUACCUCUUCCGGGCAAGAUUGAAGGAGAGAAUCCGUUUGGUUUUCGAGGAGAUCUUGCUGCAAAAAGGAGACCUGAGUUGCCUGAAUAGGGCGGAUUUAAUCAGGGUGCACGACGGAGCGGAUUCAGGGGCGCCCACAAUAGCCGUGCUCUGCAACCAAGGAGCGGAAGUGGAGGUACUCAGCACGGGACCAGACAUCUACGUCGAGUUCGUCGCUAAUUCCGACUGGCCGGGUCAGGGCUUCAAGGCGAAGUUCCAAUUUCAACCAUUGGACGACGCGCAUCCCGAGCCGGACAAAGUCCCGGGGGUCGUUACGGGGAACCCCAAGUACUCGGUCAUCGGACCAGCUGUCAGCGCUACGACGUCGCUGUGCGACAUGGUUUACAACAGCGAUUCGACGAAAACGGGCAUAGUCAUGUCUCCUGGAUACCCAAACUCGUAUCCGCCCAGGACUCACUGUACAUACGACUUCCAAGGAAGAGGAAAGGAACGGGUGCAGGUGAUAUUCCAGGAUCUGAAUCUCUUUCACUCGCCGAACGAUCCGCCGAAUGACUGCGAGGGAGCUGACUCACUAGUGGCAUUCGUGCACAUAGACGGGAAGAAGGAAAAGAUAGACUCGUUUUGCGGAGAGACAUCGCCGCGGCCUAUCAUGAGCAACGGCCCGCGACUCUCGUUGGAGUUUCAGGGGUUAACGUCGUCCCGCCAUUCGAGAGGCUUUAAAGCGACGUACUCCUUCAUGGAAAACUUCGGGAUAACGACAGGUCGGCAGGACCAAGGGAAGUUUCCGUGUGCCUUUGUUUUCAACAGCAACGAGACCCGGAAUGGUACGUUCGCGUCGCCAAAUUAUCCUGGGCUGUAUCCUCGUAGCACGGAGUGCCACUACUUCUUCAAUGGUCAACUUAACGAGCGGGUUCACCUUCAUUUCCACUUCUUCGACGUCGAGGGAGUGUUACCGUGCGAAGCUGUAUCAGCCAGCGAUUACGUCGAAUUCUCCAAUUACAUGAUCAGAGACCGAAAGUACAAGAGGCAUUGCGGUCAGAUGAAGGAAUUCGACAUUUACAGCGACAGGAAGUUCUUCCGCGUUACGUUCAAGAGUAACGAUCGUCUCGACGCUACGGGCUUUAAUGCCAGCUACGUGUUCCUAGACGAGGAGGAGAAUUACACGAUAAAGAUACCUGCGAGCAACGGAUCGGCACGGCACGGUGUCGCGCUUCCGACGUUGUUUCUGCUGUUGUUGCUGUUGUCGGGCCAUCUUCUCGCUGGCAGCGAUAGAGGCUCGCAUUAAAAAAAACGGGUCUGUUCGGAUGGCUCCCUGGCUCAACUGACAACGAACCGCAAUCUGGAGAUCGAGAGAGCCAUCCAGGAUCACCGAGCAGUUCGUCUCCGAAGAAAGUGGCAACCUCGUUGAUGAAUUCAUCGAGAGGAAGCGUGUGUUAACUAAAGUCUAUUAUCCUCUCCCCUCCCCAAGAGACACGGCAAUUUUAAAUUUACCCCGCAUCCUUCCUUCAUUCUAUCUCUCGUUCGCGUCAUGUCUAUCAUCUAUCUUUCUGGAAAGAAAGGCAUUGGCAAUAAAAUAUUUUUACGUCGUCCGAAAACGACGCGCGUGGAGAGAGGAGAAAUGGAUGAGGAGGCCGAUGUCAUUCGUUGAAAGUCCGUUGCAACCCCGUUAUCCUUAAACAGUAGCAAGUGGGAUUAAUUGGCUGCAUGGCUAAAUUGCCGCUAAUAGCCUACGCGGGUAAGUUAUAGUCGACACUUAAUUCUCCCGAGAAGGAUUCUUAUUUUCAGAGCGAGAGGAGGAGAGAGAGAGAGAGAGAGAGAGAGAGAGAGAGAGAGAGAGAGAGAGAGAGAGAGAGAGAGAGAGAGAGAGAUCGCGGGGUGGUGGCUCUCUGCGAAAACAUUACGAAUCGUCGCUUCGCCGCGUCCUGAUUUAAAGAAAUGUAUUUUAAAAGAGUGCGCGUGUCCUAUAUAUCCUUUAAAAUUACACCCGAUCCUAAUCGCAACUAAAACGAGUCCGCGAAUAAAUUUUACUUCUCUUUAAUGUUUUCUUCAACACUGAACGAGUUUUAAAAGUCAAGCGCGUGCUGUUAGAGGAAGCUGUUAUAUUGUAUUUCUUUGUUGUGUAUAUGAGAAUCUAGCUCGGAUUAUAUUCAUUCGACGGGCAAUGGUAUUUCCUCCUCCCACGCGAAACGAAUCUCUCAAGUCACCGUCCGUGUCUAUCGCUCGAAAGUCAUAGGAGAAAAUCGUAGGAGAAAAAGAUUCGCCUUCACCAGAUACGCUAUGUACGGACGAACUUAUUGACUACAUCCUCUAUACGACUGUGAUGUUCCCGUUCUUUCUUAUUAGUUUAUCUUAGUGAUGCAAGCAAGAGUCUGAGCGUGCGCGCGAAAGCGGACG